AUGCCGGUUCCAUCUGUCUCAUUCCUGGUUGGUGUCGUUGUCCUCGGAUACCUGUGCACCUUUGUCGUCUUUGCGAUCCUGCGCAUAGUCACGGGCGUAUCCAUCCAGCGCGUGGGCUACUCUGGCUUUCGGCGCAUUGCCUUUUCCCCACGACAGGGCAUCACAGUCAACAUCCGAGGUGUGGGAAUCUCAGCCCAUCGCCCGACAUUCGCACUGCCAACAUGGUGCAGCUUGGUCGUCACAGAGCUGGUGGUGACGGUGGACUUGAAGGCACUAGAUGAGGGAAACAGGGACAGGACUGGCGAGGUGAACAAAAAAGCUAGUAGCGGGAAGGAUGGACGCGCCACGAGGAAUCGGACGCCUGCAGACCACGGAGAUGAUGAACAGCAUGGCAAGCUAUGGCGGAGGCUCACAGAGGUGAAAGAGGCGAUCAAGAGACUACACCGCCAGGUCGAUUGGAUACGGAUGGUGGACCUCAUCGCAAUUGCCAUCACAUUGGACAUAGUCGGGGUUGGAACGGCCAGGCUAGAGCGGCUCACACUGUCCGUGGAUACCAGGAAGCAGACCGUGGAUCGGAGCCGUCUCUUUCAGCACCAUAAACACAAGCCCGAAACCCAAAUUCCUGCCGAAUGGAAGGCGUUGAUCCGCAGUAUUCUGUUCACGCCCGAGGGCAGGGACUCGACAGAGGUGUUGGACUAUGGCACUCUCAACAUCCAUGGCAUGCUUCACCGCGAGCGCGAAGGUUUACGAGAUGCCUCGAUUGCACUGAAACUUGGCCGACUCAAUGUGCCAUAUGAUGACCUUGAACAUUCCAAGCGAUGUGCCGACCUUCUACGUGGCAGGUACGCGCAUCCUCGACCGGACCGCGCAGGAAAGGAUCUGUCGAUUCCCGUUCACGCUGGUCUGUUAACUAGAAAUGACGAACGGGAUGAGAGCAUUGUGCAGGCCGUGUCAGACUCUAGGGCCUUCAUCUCUUCCAUAUUGCGUGGCAUUCAAGAGGUUCAAUUCGCUGUUGGCUUCCUCGGCCUCUCUAAAAAGCUUGACAUCAAAGCCGUCGGCGAAAAGGACGUAUAUCUCAACUUCGCUAUGAAGGAACUCGGACUGGAUGUUCUACGUUUGGAUCCGAAAAGUCCAGCUCAUAAGAUGUACUUUUCGAGCAAGGACGUUGCUCAUCAAGCUUUGGUGACGGGCAUAGCUAUAUCUGCGGGCAUUGACGAUGGUCACGAGCAUCCAGAGAGGAUGGUUUAUAUCCCUAUGAUCACAGCCACCAUCAAAACUACAUUGCCCUCGAGGACAAUCCAUUACUCAAAGGCCGACAAUCCCAGUGAUCGGAACACGAACAUUUUGUACGCAAAUUUCGUGUGCACGUCUCCCUCUGUGGAUCUGGACCCGAAGCAUCUACCGCUGGUUCAGGAAUUGUUGAAAAGACGAAAUCGACGAGAUCCCCAAACUGCGACGGGUCAUCACAACUUGAUAUCGCAGCUUUUGCCUAAAGCGCAUCUGAAGCUUUCCAUCCAGGAGCCUGUCCUUCGAAUAUCGCUUCCACCUUUGGAUGCCGACGCUGCGGAGGAUGAUUUUGACCUGCUUAUAUCUUCAGUUUCUUCCGUUGCCUUGGAGUGCGAGUCGUCCCAUGCUACCGACGGUCAGACCCACUACAGCCUGAAGUCCUUCUAUCGCCAUUCAAGGCACCGUUUUUAUUAUCAGACAGCAGCAGGCGAUCGGCACGAUCUGCUGCAGAGUGAAUACGUUGAAGUACAAGUCGACGUCAAUGCAAUUCCUGAAGUGACGGUCGUGGCUUCAGGACGCGCCCAAACUUUCACCGUGUUCCUGAUUCGACCUGACAUUUGUGAAGGGGUUCGUCAAGUCGUCAAGCAGCUUCGGAGGAACAUGUUGGCGUCGCAUGAUGGCGCACGGAAACCUCGCGCCAGCUUCUUACGUACAAUACCUGCCUGGCUCCAGUCAUUCCACUUUGAGGGCUCUGAUUUUGGACUGCAGCUCGCAGGUGUCGACAAGCAGGUAUCUCAAGAUCCUCGAGGAUUUGCUGUACAAUUGGAAUCCUGGACGACUGAGUACAAGGCACAGCGAGACGACGGCCACGACGCCAACGUUGCUCUACGUCGAAAGUCGCUCUCUACGCAUACUCCCGUCCGCGAACAUAGACGGCACAAGUCUGCUGAGACAGUACCUCGAAAACGAAACUACACACUCGCGGAUGGGCGGCGACUGACGUUCCACAUUCAGAAUCUGGAGGGUCUGAUCGUGGACGGCGUGGACUCGUCAGAGCAAGAAUCAUUCAUGUCGUUGCCUCGCUUCGAAGUGGCCUUUACGACACUGAGCGACUCUCACGGACCUAUUUUCCACGUCAACUCUUUUGCCAAGAGCAUCCUCCUGCAGUAUUCGCUGUACAACCACUUUGCUAUUGGUGUCGCAGCCAUGGUCAUUAGGAAGACUUUCAUGGAGCACGAGAAAGAUGAACGCCCUCCACCCUUGCGGAGACAGUCAAGUCUAGGCAUGUCGGACCCCGUCCUGGAUGAGAUUGCCCUCCGGGAAAUAACUGCCAUCGACUUCAAGUCGAACCUGAUCCAAAUCAAGGCUCGCAUGCCCGCCGAUCCGCCAAUGAUGUUACAAAUGUACCAUGUCGAGGUGGGUCGUCAUCGAUGGUCGUCGCCGUUCUUACGUAGCAAACUGGCUCGCAUGUAUGUGAAAGCACCUGCGACAAAAUCCGCUUGGAGUCGACUCGUCAGCAUCAAAAGUCUCCGGCUCGAUUUGCGCGACUUGAGGCGUAAGGCGGGCAGGCAGCAAAUCGUGGAGAAGACUGUCGAUGUCGCAUCCCAGGCAAUCCGGAUCACAAUCCCACACUCUCWCGUGGUCCAUACUAUAUUUGACAACAUCACGAAUGUGGUCAAGACAACGAAGCAGCUACAGCACCAUUUCAUGACAGGUACCAAUGACUACAUUCUGACCAAAGAACCCGAGGGGCCGAAGAACGUUCCGCGAAUAACGUUCCGGACUCAGUAUUUGCUGUUCGAUGUGGAAGACAGCCACUUUGAAUGGAAACUUGGCGCCAUCUACAGAGCAGGGUUGAGCGAGCAGAAACAAAGACUGGCUCGAGAAGAAGCCUUCAAGCUGAAGGAGAAGCGYGUCUCGAGAAACGCUCAUCGAGGAACCUCACAUGUACGCGGACAUUCCGUGCCAAAUGAUGUCCGGUCAAGAACUCGCGACAAGCAAGAUACCACCACCGCUAAUCGACGGAGUCGGAGCACUCAGCAGCAUGGCGCUAGACCGACCAUACGCUACGAUGCUUCCGCGAAAUGUGGGUUGAGUGAUGCUGCAUCCCUCAGCAUCGAUCAGGCAAGAGAGAAGCUUCAUCGUCUCAAUGCGCAAUCGUGGAAGACUCGAAUUGACAGAAUUAAGAGCUAUCAGAGCAAGGCAAUCCGCGAUAUGAGAAAGCUGUUUGGGGUAUCGGAUGACAUCGACGACGUGGAGCAGCAUGAGCCUAUCCUUGCCCGCAGUUCUCGGCCUGGUCUUAUGGUUAUUGCUAUCAGCGAUCUGAACGUGGUCAUCGACAAGCCAUCAUUCCCGACUGAACAGUACGCAACGUUCAUGCAUGACGUUGGCAAGGGCAUGCCAAAGAAUAUGAAGUACGGACUGCUUCUGCCUAUGAAUCUCCACAUAACCAUGGGAGAAGCACGGGUCCAUCUGCGUGAUUACCCCCUGCCUCUGCUGCAUGUGCCUGCGCUAGCAAGCGCACAACCCGUGCGGCUGCCGGCCCUGUCGAUGCGUACAGAUUUUGUCAUUGCUGAGGAAUUCAGAGAUGUCGAAUCUCAGAGAAGCGUCAGUGUACAGGUUGUGCCGCCUGAAAAAAUGAGUUCGGGCUCCUCGGGCUUCAACAUCGAUGUGCGCCGGACCAUUUCAGCUGUCAAAACCUAUUCGGACAUGAAGUUCGAGAUUCACACCAGCAAUGCUACCCGACUUACCUGGUCCACCUCAUACCAGCCCGCUAUCCAAGACACCAUGCAGAUUGUGGAAAGCUUCACGAAGCCUCCUGUGGAUCUUUCGGAUCGAGUUGGCUUCUGGGACAAGAUACGCUUGUCCUUUCACUCGCGAAUCAACGUGUCAUGGAAAGGCGAUGGCGAUGUUCAUCUCGUCCUCAAAGGAUCUCGCGACCCAUAUGUGGUCACCGGUCAAGGCGCCGGUCUCGUAAUGGUUUGGAGGAAUGAUGUCACACUCAAUGUCGCUCAAGAAGACGAUCCACGACGAUUCAUGGCCGUGAACAGCGGGGAGUAUAUUCUAGCCAUACCAGACUUCAACGGAUACGCUCGCACAACGCACGACAUGGAGCACAGUGAUGACACCAGCACAAUUGGAUCCGGCACCUCCAAGCGAGAUGCAUUAUUCAAAAAGGUCAUAAUGAAGCUUUCCGGAAGAGUGACGUGGCUCGCUGGGUUGAUGUUUGAGCGCGAUAUUGGGGAUGGCAAGCGCACAUUCGACUUCAAACCUCAUUACGACGUCGUAUUGAAACACCCAGACUUUUCCAAAGCCCCAGACGGGCUGCAAUACGAUGCCUAUCGCGGAUUCAGAAGCCAUCAUAUUCAUCUCUCGAUCGCCAUCGCUGCGCCACACGACCGCGACUGGUCGGUGAAUAACAUCAAGCCGUCCGACAACUACAACUCUGUGCACUUGACGCCUCGCUUCUUCUCCCACUUCUUCAGCUGGUGGUCAAUGUUCUCGGGAGUCAUGUCUUUGCCUAUCCGUCAAGGGCCACUUUGGGGAAUCACAGAGAAGAAGAGCAAAAAGUUCGGACGGCACAUGGCGACGAUCAAGUACAAUCUACUGUUGUCCCCGUUGUACAUCAGUCAUGUGUACAAACACAAAGACGCGGAGGACUACGCUGCCAAUUCUGUGUCCGUCACUGGACUCAAGAUGAGGCUCGACAGCUUCAUGCUCGACUUGCAUCAACGCAGAGAGCACUUCGAUUUGAAAGGUCGGGAAGGCGAGAGAGCCAAAACUACAAGUGGCAUGAAGAUCAACCAGGCUCAGCUCGACUUUAUUUCGGCCGAUCUACGAGCGCUUUCUGCGAAUAUCGAGGGUACAGCCGCUGAGGAUCUCGAGAAUGCAGGUGCCGACAUGAACCACACUGUUGACUUGUCGAAAUUUACGAUCCCUGAUGCGGACUACUCGUGGAUUGAUGCAGAUGAUUACGUCGAACUCGACUGGAUUCUGCCAGCAGAAGCAGACCCUGCCACGAAGAUCCUCCCACUCGGCUACGCUCCAAGAUUUACCUACUUCCGAGAAACAGACCACCAUGGAACCAUUGCAGGAGACGCUUCACGUACAAGUCCGUUCGGCGAUGAGCCUACGCACCACUGCGUCAUGUCAGCGAAGAAUGACCCGCGAAGAGUCCAAUCUGAGCUGAUUGAGCGUCGAUUGGCACUACUCAAGGAGAAACAAGAUCAAAACGUGCGAGCCGUUGGAGAACAGGAAGUAAAAAUCGUGCGCUCAACAUCGGGCGAAAGAUCAGGGCUUGAGGCCAACCUAGCCACCUUGCGGAGCCAUACAGAGCAUUUGCAAGAAAAGCACGACUUCCUGCGAUCGAUGCUCAACGAGUUGUUACAACGGCUUGAACAAGACGAUCCUUCGACUGUACCUGACUUGGAGACAAGUGAGAAGUUCUUCGAGGCUCACGAAUCUGCACGACGUCCUGAUGGAAACGCGGCCUACUUGGACACAGCUCCUCUGGCGGACUACACCAGCGACUUUAACAACCGAUUCAUUGUACACAAUGCCCAGAUUAAAUGGAACAACUCUCUGCGCAACAUCAUCCUGCGAUACAUCCAUCAGAACAGCCAGCGCCGAGGUUUUGUCUACUACAUGUCUCGUCGGGCAGUCAAGUUCAUUCUGGAUGUGCUCGAGGAGAGGAACAACGACACCGAAGGAACCUCUCCAACGCGGCAGAAGUCCCAUUCCACCCAGUUUAGCGCAACUUCCCCAGACGCAGAUGACGAAGCGACUAUUCAAGACCGGAUUGAAGAAUUGUUAAAGGACGGACGCGCUUUCGUCAGUGCUGACGAGCCGCCAAACGAGACUUGGGCCUCUGGCAAAGGAGGUGAAGGUGCUCACGACGAUAUCUCUGUCGAGUUCACUCCACUCAACACAUAUCACUUCCGACUUAUCGCUCCUCAGGUCCAGUUGCAGAGCGAGAAGAAUCCGAGCGCCGCUGUACUUGUUACUGCCAAGGGCAUGCAGCUCAAGGUCGUUCAGAUCAUGGAGAAGGACAAGAUUGACGACGAUGUCAGCGGCUUGGUGCAGCGGCGAUUCAGUGCCGCUGCAGACAGUGUGCAGAUGUUCGUGAGUAGCUCCAAGACAUUCACCACUGAAUACCUGCACUUCUACUCUGCCAACAGAUAUGGUGUCAAGGCUGGGACUUACUGGCCGCCCUGGGUCCCCAUGGAGAUAAUGUUCCAGUUCCAUACCAACCCUUACGGCUUUCACCGCAUUGUGCACCGCACAUCCGCCAGCUUGAGAUAUGACAAGUACAACACUUUGAGAUUGAAACAACAUGACGGCGUCUCCAGCAACGAUCAUAAUCAGCCAGAUAAUUCUCAGGACGAGAAUCGCAUGGACCACGUCUGGCUGGAAUUUCCUCGAUUUCGCGCAAUCUGCGAUUCAAGACAAUACUUUGCACUGUACAUCAUCGUGAUGGACUUGCUCUUGUACAACGAACCUCUAGAAAAGACGCGUAGUGAGCGUCUUGAAAAGAUCAUGUUGGCAUCGGACUUUAGCGACCUGACAGGAGCUCCYGAAACGGUGCAGAUGCUACAGGAGCGAAUCCGACAGCUUGAAGAAAUCAAGAUGCACUUCCAGGUAAAUGAACAGUUCCUGGACCAACAGGGUUGGAGAGAUCGAAUCGCGAUGGAGCAAGACCUCGCCAGCUGCGAGGAUGAGCUCUUCUUCAUGAUGAAAGCCAUUACCACGUCUCAACAACAUAUUGAGGACCGUGGAGAGCAGAAUGCUACUGGCGGGUAUAUGCAUUUGCACAUCGCCGCCAAGGAGAUUGCGUGGCACUUGAUUCGCGAUAAAGGAGAGUCGAAGGGGGAAUCGUUGAUGGAGGUCCAGCUCAAGAAUGCCUCWUUCGAUCGCACCGAGAACUACGAUGGCUCCAAUUACAACAGCAUGGAGAUUGGGCGAAUCAACGGCUUCAACCUUCUCAGUGACGCGCUCUAUCCCGAGAUCAUAUCGCCCUUCACCGAUGUCUCGAAGGGUGGGCGGCAGCUUGGCAGUACAAAAAUGCUCAGGGUGCACUGGCUGAUGCUUGAAGCCAUUGCUGGCAUUCCUGUCGUGGACUAUUUUGAGGUGGAUCUUGUGCCGCUGAAACUGCAGCUGGAGCGAGAAGUGGCCAAGAAGCUGUUUGAAUACAUCUUCCCAGGCGCAGAUGGUAACGCAUUUGAAGGCAGCGGAUUCUCUCCUUUCAUGGUGAAGAACAUGCUACCAACGCAGGAAGAGGAGGACGAAACGGGCGAUGCUACAGACUCAAAGCCUGUUCUCAGCGUCGACACCACAGAAUUCGUCGCCGAGCAAAAGAACAUGAACACCAGCGGACCAGGCGCCCUCGAGCAGCGCCUAAGACCCACUUUGAAUCUCGCAAAUGGGAAGAAGAAAGCAGAUCAGAAGGGUGCAGGCGUCGCCGGUUCGAACCAUGGCUUGCACGGCUUUGCAAUUUUCCAACAUGGAGAUAAGUCGCGCUCUUCGCUGUCCAGCACUCGGCCACCACCCAUACGGCAACCCGCAUCGCCUCUCACGCGCUCUCCCAGCGAACACUCGCUCGCACGCAGCAGCCUCGAUGCAGAUGACAGAUCGAAGCGCAACAUGCUUCUCGUGCAUCGCGGCCGUAAUGACGACAAGAAAAAGAAGUCAGACAAGGCAGACGAGCAGAAGGCCUCGGAUGACCUGACACAAAUGAUGAACCGCGCCUCAAACUACAUGACGCUCGCAUAUGUCAAGAUUCCCAGCAUGGUGCUGUGUCUGUCAUACCAAGGACAAGGCAAACGCAAUCUUGAGGAUGUCCAUGAUCUUGUCUUCACAAUGCCAACACUGGAGUACAGGAACAAGACAUGGUCAAACUUGGAUCUUGCGCUGCAGCUGAAGAAGGACGUCAUUCGCGCGCUGGUCACGCACGCUGGAGCUAUUAUUGGGAACAAGUUCAAUCACUACAAACCAAGUCGGCUCCAGCAGGYCAAGUUGCGGGAAAUUGUCAGCAAAAACACCUUUAUGAGUCCUAGCUCGAGUUCAACUGCUCUCAUGGAUGACGAUAGUGACGCCUAUUCGGUGGUGGAGACGGCCAGUCUAGGGGAUUCGCUUCUGUCCUCGUCUGCCGGGCGACCCAGUCGGGAAGGCAGACCCACCAGCUCGAGAGUGGCUCCAAGCAUAUCGGAGUCGACGUUCGAUGUGCGGAGGAUCUCAUCGGAAGAUGCCGCCACUUCAAACGGGCAUGCCACACCGCAGCCGCAAGCGAGACCGCAAUCUCGAUUGUCCCCAUCGGCGGCAGAGGCAUCCGAUCCAUCCACAUCCCCACGUCAUCGAGCAACUUCGAUAACAAGACAUCUCUCUGGCUUCAGCGAUCGAGUUAAGAAGAGACAGAAGGGUGGCGGAGCAAGUGCGAGCAGUCAACAUGCCGCAGAGUCGGUGGUUGAGGAUCCGGAGGAGGUGAGUAGGAAGCGGCAGCUUUUGCUUGGAGGGCAGAAGUUGUUGGGAAGGUUGAGAGAUUAG